AUGUUGCGCCUGUCUCAACUGCCGAUGGGCCUUGGCCUGACGCUGUUGGCGGCCGUCAAUGUCGUCGCUGUCCCUUCCGUUACGGUGGAUAUGAGGGCCGCCUUCCCAUCUGGGCCCUACCUCCUCGAGCUGCUUGAGACUGCUGCGGGCGAAAACACAACAUCAUACUUUCCAAUCCUCGAUCGCAUCGCCGGCGGAUACUUCAGCGAAGCCAAGACCGAUAAAGAAGUCUACGACAAGUUUCUCCACGUCCUGAACGAGGAUGGACACAUUACUUCUCCUGAGGCCCUCUCUACUUUCAAGCUGGCACUUUCUCUUCGAACUGCCGCUCCCCGGAUCGAGGCUCACUACCAAUAUUACCGAACUGCUGUUGAGCCCCAGCUCGAAUCCAACGCCCGGGAUGGUUGUGAAGUCUGGGCAGAGCUGGCAGGAAAGCAAUACUGCACUCCAACUCUAGACACUCCGAAGGAAUCGGCCUUGGACGGGUCAAAGGCUUUGCCCUUCGACCGGAUCCUAGGAUCAGGCAGUGAGGCUAUCCUGUACGCCGACCCAACUUCGUCUGCUUUUGGUCCAUUCCACAGCACCUUGGUAGAGAAAGCACGUAAUGGGGAGAUUGAAUACCGUCUUCGCUACACGAAGCCUGCUGGCAGCUACGAGGAGGCUCUACCUGUCAGCGGGUACGGAGUUGAGCUGGCCCUAAAGCGAACUGACUACAUCGUUAUUGAUGAUCGGGAGGCACACCAUGACGACUCAGAGAAGGUUGUCAACGCCGAGGAGGUUCUUGAUGCCGCCGAGGAUGUGGCUGAUUUGAAACCUUUGGCAAAGUCUGAGCUUCAGGAGCUUGGUCUCAAGGCCGCAUCUUUCAUCAUGCAGAGCCAGAAUCCCUUUGAAGCUCUGCUUCGACUGACGCAGGACUUCCCCAAGUUCUCGACCUCAAUCGCCGCACAUAAUGUCUCUGCGGAAUUCCUUGCUGAGCACCAGCUAAACCGCCAGCAACUGGUUCCCAGCGGUAUGAACGUGCUCUGGAUGAACGGAGUGCAACUCAUCGAGCGCCAGAUUGAGGCUUUCACAAUCAUCGACCUCCUUCGACGCGAACGAAAGCUCAUUGACGGCGUGCGUGAUCUCGGUUUCACUGGUGGUCAAGCAGUGUCUCUCCUUGGUCAUCCCAAGGUUGCUGAGUCCAAAGCCGACGAGGAGCCUCCGCGCUUCGACUGGACAGACGACCUUGAGGAGGAUCAGGUCAUCAUGUUCCUCAACGAUCUUGAGAAGGAUGAGCGAUACAAGGAUUUCCCCGAUCAGUUGAUGUCGCUUCUCCAGCGUGUUUACCCCGGUCAGCUGCCUCCGAUCAAGCGCGACAUUUUCAAUCUUAUCGUUCCCGUUGAUUUCUCCAAGAUGGAGGAUCUUAACGUGGUGGCUCAACUCAACUCUUUCAUACAGCGAAAGCUUCCGAUUCGUUUCGGUCUGGUCCCUUUGACGCCCACCGAGGAUGCUUUCAAGAUCAGCAAGGUUCUUUACUACCUUCUCGACAAUUACGGCUUGGAUGUGUUCAUCGAGUAUCUGGAUGCGGCCAUGCAGGACUCAAAGACGGAGAAGCCGGAUCAGAGCGUCUUUGAGAAGGCAAUCAAGGAUCGGGAGCCGCUUCCGGAUGCCAUCCUACGCCCCUUCAACGAUGUUUUGCAAUCCGAAGAGCUCGACAACGUGGUAAAGCUUGCCCAGAGGUGGGCAAAGAGACUAAAUGCAAACACCCCUGUCCCCCCUGUGUUCAUCAACGGCAUUCCCGUUCCUCGAGAGAACAAUUGGCUCCAAGCCAUGAGUAUGAAGGCUACAAGCGAUUUGCAAGCAAUCCAGCGAGCUGUCUACCUUGGCAUGAUUGACGAGGAAAGCUGGAUUCCUGACUUCUUCCUUGAGAAGGCAGUCAAGCGCCGCAACACAUACAUUUACCCGGAAGAUGACAAGUCUCUUAAGAUCCUAGACGUCAACAAGAUUUACACUGAACACGACAAUCUCUUUGGCAAGGUCCCAGUUAUUGAGGCGUUCGCCGACUCUACCAAAGAGAACUGGGCGGUCCUGACUGUUGUCGGUGACUUUACUUCCGACGAGGGGACCAACCUUCUACUCGAAGCUUUGGCGUUCCGUCGGAACAACCCUGGGGUCCGCUUGGAUAUCGUCUACAACCCGUUAAUAUCUGCUUCGGCUUCCGCCGUGAACACAGUGAUGAAGAACAGCGGCGAGAAACUUGCCGAGGUCGAAUCUCUUUCUGACAUCAAAGGCAUUCUUGACAGUGCUGCUGGUGAAUCGGAUGGAAUCUUCACAUCAGCCCUCAACGAGUUUCUGUCUUCCGCUGCCAUCAAGCCGGGCUCCAACAUGCUCAUCCUCAACGGACGGGUGGUUGGACCCUUCACCGAAGCCGAGCCUUUCCAGGGUGAUGACUUCCAGUACCUUUUAGAGUUCGAACAGAAGGCCCGUAUACUCCCCGUCUAUGCAGCGGUGGAUGAACUUGGUCUGACUGAGAAGAUCUCCGGGCCACUGGCAGCUGCCAAAGUUACGUCUGUGACUGCAAUUUCGACAAUCUCUGAUUUGCCUGCCGGCAUAUUCGAGUCUGCGCCGUCCUUGCGCGUCAGCGCCCAUGAUGCCUGGAACUCAACCUACACCGCGAUUGAAAUUGGAAACCCAGAGGCUUCGAGCAUUCACAUAGUCGGCGUUUUGAACCCUGCCAGUGAGCAGGCACAGCGAUGGGCACCAAUUCUGAAGGUUGUCUCCGAACUGGACGGAGUCUAUCUGAAGCUCUUCCUCAACCCGAAGGAGAAGAUUGACGAGUUGCCAGUCAAGAGAUUCUUCCGAUAUGUCCUGGAGUCCGAGCCGAGCUUCGAUGAGGCUGGUAAGGUGCAAGCACUCGAGGCAUCUUUCAAGGGUCUGCCCUCCGAGGCCCUUCUCAAUGCCGGCAUGGACGUUCCGCCGUCUUGGCUCGUUGCACCCAAGGUUUCGGUUCACGACCCUGACAACAUCAAGCUGAGCUCCAUUAAGUCGAACGUCUACGCAUCCUACGAGCUUGAGAGCAUCCUCAUUGAAGGACAUUCCCGUGAGGGCGGGCAGUCGCAACCCCCACGCGGUGCCCAGCUUGUCUUGGGCACUGAAAAGGAGCCUCACUUUGCGGAUACCAUUAUAAUGGCCAACCUCGGGUAUUUCCAAUUCAAGGCUAACCCGGGUUUCUACAACAUCCAGCUCAAGCAGGGAAGAAGCUCUGAUAUCUACACCAUCGAUAGUAUCGGUGCGAAAGGAUGGACACCCGUGCCAGGUGAUGAAGGCACCGAGGUGGUACUGAUGGACUUCCAAGGCACAACGCUGUAUCCCCGUCUUUCGCGCAAACCAGGCCAGGAGGAAGCCGACGUUUUGGCUGAGCCUGAAGACAACAGCAUUGUUGGCCGCGGUCUCAAGUUUGCUGAAGGCAUUCUGGGCAAGAAAAAGUCUGCAUCUGACGAGGAGCACGCCGAAAUCAACAUCUUCUCCGUCGCCAGUGGCCACCUCUACGAGCGUAUGUUGAACAUCAUGAUGGUCAGCGUCAUGAAGAACACCAAGCACACGGUCAAGUUCUGGUUCAUUGAGCAGUUCCUAUCUCCCUCGUUCAAGGACUUCAUCCCGCACAUGGCCAAGGAAUAUGGUUUCAAGUACGAGAUGGUGACCUACAAGUGGCCCCACUGGCUGCGCCAGCAAAAGGAGAAGCAGCGCGAGAUCUGGGGCUACAAGAUCCUCUUCCUCGACGUGCUCUUCCCGCUGUCCCUGGACAAGGUCAUCUUUGUCGAUGCCGAUCAGAUCGUCCGCACCGACAUGAUUACCCUUGUCAACCACGACCUCGAAGGCAAGCCGUACGGCUUUACGCCCAUGUGCGAUUCCCGCACCGAGAUGGAGGGCUUCCGCUUCUGGAAGCAGGGCUACUGGGCUAACUAUCUCCGUGGCAACCCGUACCACAUUUCGGCGCUGUACGUCGUCGACCUCCGCCGCUUCCGUGAGCUCGCUGCCGGCGACCGCCUGCGCCAGACCUACCACUCUCUCAGCGCCGACCCCAAUAGUCUGGCCAACCUCGACCAAGACCUGCCCAACCACAUGCAGUUCCAGAUCCCCAUUCACAGCCUGCCGCAGGAGUGGCUGUGGUGCGAGACGUGGUGCUCUGACGAGAGCCAGAAGGAUGCAAAGACUAUUGAUCUCUGCAACAACCCGCAGACCAAGGAGCCCAAGCUCGACCGCGCGCGUCGCCAGGUGCCUGAGUGGACCGUCUACGAUGACGAGAUCGCCGCUCUCGACAGCAAGCGCAAGGGCCUGCCCGUCGAGUCGCCCAAGAAGGAGGAGACCAAGGUCGGCAGUGGAGGUGAGGGCGAGCAGCAGAAGCCUGUCGUCGCCGAAGAGAAGAACACCAAGAGCCGCAACUGGGAGGAGCCGCCUGCGGAGAAGACGCAUGUCAUAGACGAGCUAUAG